UCUGAAAUGAUAGGUCAAAAAUUUUGUAACAUUUAAUUUACAGGUAUGGAGUGUUUUGGUUUCUGUAAGAUAUCAUGUUGCGUUGCUUAGACGGUGUGAAGCAUUUACUUGCUGUUGUUGUCAAUUGCUGUGAUUCUGAAAUUUAUAAGCAACCCCGAGGAUUAGAAAAUCCUGAAGCUCUUGCAAGGGAGACUAUCUUCAGUGUCAGUGAGAUAGAGGCACUGUAUGAAUUAUUUAAGAAGAUCAGCAGUGUUGUGAUUGAUGAUAGGCUUAUCAACAAGGAAGAGUUUCAACUUGCACUAUUUAAGACAAAUAAAAAGGAGAGCUUGUUUGCUGAUCGGGUAUUUGACUUGUUUGACACAAAGCAUAAUGGGAUAUUAGAUUUUGAGGAGUUUGCACGCUCUCUUUCAGUCUUUCACCCAAAUGCUCCGAUUGAUGAUAAGAUUGAAUGUAACCAUCUUUCUUUUUACUUCUUAUUUCUUCUUUACGCCGUUGUUUCAUGCAUAUACUCCCUGGUUUUGCUUUGCGGU